CUCCUCAGCAGAACGUACCAUUCGUCAAACCGAUCUCAAGUCAGGGUAGUGACUAGGGAUGGGGAGGGGGGAUACUGUUAAACGUAAAGGGAGGAUUGGACAGAGGUUGCUGCAAUAUCCAUACGCCUAGUCCUAUACCUCCACUCCCUUGCCCUGAAGGCAGCGGUACCCAGCAAGGCUCUGCAGUCGCUUUUAUAGAUUCAUUCACUUUAAUUUUCAUUUGAAUUAAGGAACGGGUGAAAUAUUAAAAGACUGAUGCAAGUAAAUUAUACAGCUUGUUCCGCAAACGGUGGGUCAAUGCAUAUGCGUAAAUGCAAGCGCGUUCUUCUGUUACGUUCCUAAGGAAAUUGAACGUUUAUAUUGUAGGUGAUCUUAAUGCUUCAGUGAUAGGGGACAUAUAUAAAGGGAUGUUGGCCGGUGUGAUCGAGCAUUUGGAAAAGGAAUACGUUUGAUGCAAAAGCCCCAGAGGUGAGACAUCUCAUCCUUCCGAGUCCAAGGUAUUUUCACCUCCAUGUCAGAUUGAAGAAAACAGCCUCGUCUCCGAUAUCUUGCACCUUGGGCCGCAGAAAUGAAUUACCUACGUCGUCGACUGUCGGAUAGCAAUUUUAUGUCCAACCUGCCCAAUGGGUACAUGAGUGACCUGCAGCGCCCCGACCCGCCGCAGCCUAGCCCGGUCGUGUCUCCGGGACCGCCCGAAAGGCGCCAGUCUACCAGUCAGUCCGCCGGCGGCGGCUUCUUCUCCUCCAUUUCCAACGCAGUCAAACAGACCACUGCAGCCGCAGCCGCGACGUUUAACGAGGCUGCAGACAGGGCGACCGGCCCGGCCAAAGGAAAGGUACUCCUGGUUAUCGAUGACCAACAGACAGAUUGGGCUAAGUUCUUUAAAGGCAAGAAAAUCCAUGGUGAAUUUGACAUCAAAGUUGAACAGGCUGAGUUUUCUGAGGUCAACCUGGUGGCCCACGCUACUGGUAGCUAUAGUGUGGACAUUGAAGCAGUCCGCAACGGUAACAAGGUGACAAAGUGCUUUCGGCCAGACUUUGUGCUGGUCAGGCAGCAUGCCUUCAGCAUGGCAAAGAAUGGAGAUUUCCGGAACAUCGUCAUUGGCCUGCAGUAUGCUGGCCUGCCGAGCAUCAACUCCCUACACUCCGUCUACAACUUCUGUGACAAGCCAUGGGUGUUUGCUCAAAUGUCCAGAUUGUAUAAGCAGCUGGGGCCUGAGGAAUUCCCGCUGAUUGAACAGAUCUACUACCCCAACCACAGGGAGAUGAUCACAACUCCAGGCUUCCCCGUGGUGGUGAAGAUGGGCCACGCUCACUCUGGAAUGGGGAAGGUGAAAGUGGACAAUCAGUACGACUUUCAGGACAUUGCUAGUGUGGUGGCCCUGACGAAGACCUAUGCCACCUCUGAGCCCUUCAUCGAUGCCAAGUACGACAUUCGCAUCCAAAAGAUCGGAACCAAUUACAAGGCCUACAUGAGGACGUCGAUUUCUGGAAACUGGAAAACAAACACGGGAUCGGCCAUGCUGGAGCAGGUGGCCAUGUCUGACAGGUAUCGCAUGUGGGUGGAUUCCUGCUCUGAGGUCUUCGGAGGCCUGGACAUUUGUGCAGUGGAGGCUCUUCAUGGUAAAGAUGGAAGAGAUUACAUCAUUGAGGUGGUGGGCUGUUCCAUGCCUCUAAUAGGGGACCAGCAGGACGAGGAUCGUGCCCUGAUUGCUGACUUAGUCAUCUCCAAGAUGAACCAGGCUAUCCCACGUACCCCUGUCCCUUCACCCAUACGUCCCACUGCUGGCCAGGCAGCACAGCCAGCGGUAUCCCCUCAGCCCAUUCAGGGACAGCAGAGGGUACCCCAGGCCCAGGCUGCCCAGCAAGGACCACCAGCUCAACAGCGCCCCCCUCCUCAAGGUGGCCCCCAGCAGCCUCCUAGUAGCUCUCAGGGCCCCCGGCAGGGCCCCCCCUCUCAGCAACGCCCUUCCCCACAGGGCCUGAGCCAACCCCCACCCCAGGUCCAGCCACAUAUAACUAGCCCUGGGUCACAGCAGCCACCCCAGCCUAUCCCUAGCCAGCAACAGCGGCAAACCGGUCCUGGGGGCCCUGCCCAGCCACGCCCACCUGGCCAGGGUGCUCAGCAGCAGGUGAGGGGCCCUCCCAUGCAGGGUUCACCCCAACGCAGCCAGAGCAGCAGCUCCCCUCAGCUGUCGAAGCAACAGCAGCCGUCGCAGCAACAGCAGCAGCAGCAACAGCAGCAGCCGACUCCUCAGCAGCCGCAGCAGCAGCCACGCCCCCCUCCAGGAGGCUCGAGCCCUAAACCCACCAGCGGUCAGCCACCACAGCAACAGCGCCCCCCUCAGCAGAGGCAGGGCCAGCCAGCCAGGCAGCCAGCACAAGGGGGGGCGCUUCCUCCCCAGCAGCAAAGGCCGGCAUCGCAGCAGGGUCGUGCCACGGGAGCUGGCCCCAGCUCCGGCCCUGGUCCCACCACCCAGCAGCCCCGGCCCUCAGCUCAGGGGCAGGGGGGCCCGAUGAGCGUGGCUGGUGCAGGUGGGACUCGCCCACCUGUGCAACAGAAGCCCCAACCCCCACAAAAGCCCAGCCAGGAUCACCCAGGGAUGGGAGCCCCUCCCCAGCUCAACAAAUCCCAGUCUCUUACCAAUGCCUUCAACCUUCCAGACACUUCGGCAGCUCCCCGUUCCAGCCUUAGCCAGGAUGAGGUGAAGGCUGAGACCAUCCGCAACCUGCGGAAGUCCUUCGCCAGCCUUUUCUCAGACUGAGCUGCCGCAGUGGCUCUCUCACAGCUUGACGGACAGACGGACGGACUGACUGACC